GAAGAAGGAAAUGAGUCACAUUGAGGGGAAUGUUACGUCUCUGUUGCACCCCUACACCACCUUUGAAUGUAGUAGCCCAUACAAAGAGAACACGGAAACAUGACAGAUGUGCGGAUAACGCUGUAAAUCGAAUAUUAAUAUACAGAGAGGAUAAAGUGAGAAGACGACCGUGACUCAAAUAUUUGAAACUUCUAUUAUUAUUGAGACAAUGAAGAGAGAGGUGGAGGCUGGGGUGAACUUCCUUAGACGUCAAGCUGUGGUGCGAGGUGGCUUAGAUGAAACCAAAGCUAACGCAUUUGCUGGAAAGCUGCGCCAACUUUUGUGUGCCAAAUACAAAGACCAUUGGUACCCUGAAAACCCCAACAAAGGACAGGCAUACAGAUGCAUCAGGGUAAGUGAUGGGGUGCCGUGUGAUGUGGAGGUGGUGAGGGCGUGCAUGGAGAGUGAAAUCAAAGUCACGGAACUAGCCCUCCCACGCGAGAUGACAUUGUGGAUUGACCCACUGGAGGUCUGUGCGAGGUCAGGGGACAACUGCAAGUACUUCACAGUAGCUCUUUUCAAACCAAAAGACGAGGAGGAAGUUGUGAAGGGAGACAAAGAUGUUGAUCUGGAUACUUCAGACUACCACUCUGCCUCGUCGGACUGUGGUUCAACCGUCUCAAGCGAUGCAGAGGAUGAGGGGAAGGAUGGCGAUACUGAGGGAAGGAAAGAAGAGAAAGAGGGAAAGAAAAAUACAUCAGAGAACAAGACAUGUAUGAUUGCGAUGAUUCCCAGGGUUCGAGGCAGGGUCCGGUUGGACCGUGCUCAAAAUAAGCUCACCAAAGCACCUAUUCAACCCACCUCUAUCCAGUACUUCUACCAUCCUGCCUCAGUGUGGUCAACAACUUACAAGAAGAAGGGUCCGGUAUUCCUCACCUCAAUAUGUGCACCUCCACCUCCAUGUCCUUCAGUGUUUGGCUACUAUGUCAUGCCCCAGCCACCCCCGCAGUUCAUUAUGCCUCAUGCCACUUUGCAACCAUGGGGGGCUGUAAAGGGUUAAACCAACAAGUUAGUUGGGGGAUAAAAACUGCCAUUUUAACUCUGAUCCAAUCAAAAAAAUAUAUUGCCAGUCUUUCGCAUGUCUUUUAAGGUGAGGGUGAGGAGCAGUUUCUGUGUUUUAAGGGUUAGCGGGAUCAUGAUUGAUGAAAUAUUUAAUCAUAUUAUUUGAUUCAGUAAUUAUCUGAUUGCUUUGCACUUCAUUUUUGAUUGAUUCGGUUUUGGUGAUUUCCUCUAUAUGUAACUUUCAUAGGUAAAAAUGCUACUGAAAUAAACAGGGAAUAUAGCAAAACAGGCAUUCAGCAAAUAAUGAUCCUACAGCCUCCAUAAGAGCUGUCUGUAUGUUUUAGUUUAGGGUAAUCCACUGGCUACAACUAGUCUAUUAAUAUUGCAGAAGUGUCUAGAUAAUGCCUGCUAGACAGUGUGUUGCAUAUAGACCAGUUGACUGGUGUGAUACUGAAUUCCUUCAUUUGGUGCACAUACCAUCUCAGGGAUUUCAGCAAUUUAAGCUGAAUGCCAAAGCUUUUUAUGGUUUUAGAUAUUUUUUGUAAAUAUUGUAGAUUACCUUUUCAUCUGUUACCUCUGCAAGGCUUCUAAGUAGUGAAUGUGCACUGUAGGAUAUAGCUUAUUAUGAUAUGGAAUUACAUUUACUAGUAUACAUACUAUGUUGAAUUCUCAGAAGCUGCAUCUAACUGCAUAUCUGCAUAUUAUAGAUUUCCACACAUUCAUGGUGCAAUGCUAUUCUGGAUCUAGUCGACUGUGAUUUACCUUUUUUUAUAAUUUAUUUCAACUGCAUAUUUUCUGUCAAGCACAGCAAUCUUUUAUUUUGUAAUAAUGCUUUUUGUACAUACGUACUUAUUAGUAAUUCUCAAUCAUGUUUGUUUUUCUAAUACAAUUUUCCACCUGUGGGUGGCACCAAAAUAAAUGUAUAUCUUGAUACGGUAUGUAGUAUUGAUGCAUGUAUGUUUUAAAUAAUUUUGUUUGUAUGGUGUUUUUUAAAUGAUUGUGAUUAGGUUGGUCCUGAAUUGUAUAUUCAAACUUUCAAACUGUAAAUAUACUUUUUUACACUGGAAAUGAAAAACCCCUAGGUGACCAAAUAUUUUGCUUUAUGAAUUUGUUUCCAUAAUUGCAUACCUGUAUUCUUAUACUGUCUUUUUAUGGCCCAUUUGUCUACUUGGGAUGCAUAUUUAUUCACUUUGAUGUUUAAGUAAUUUAUCAAUGCAUACAUUUUUUGGCUUUAAGUACAGGUGUGUACUCAGUAAUCCUAUGAUUAUUACUUUAUAAGACAAUUUUAUGCUGUUUGUUUUUUACACCUAUCAUUUUUGUCU